CGGCUCCCAGAAUUCGCUAUCUCUGGAAUGUCUUCGCACAAUUUAUAUCAUUUACACCGAGAUCCUUCAAAUCAACCGUCGUGAUGGGAACCAAGGAGCAGCGUGCACGUCGGACGGUGAAGGCUUGCGUCAUCUGCCACAAGAAAAAGGUACGGUGUGACAUCGACGAGGUAUCUGGAGAUGUAUGCACGCCGUGCACAAGAGAUGGAUACGAUUGCAUACCUCGAGAGCGAAAACGGAAACGGUUUACCUUCAGUCCAUCACCUCCAGCACGCCGACGGGUUGACAGCCAGGCCAGUACGAACGGAAGUCUAUCUGAAGCUAGCCAAGUUACGUGUUCAGCUGGCCUUUCAAAGCCUCACGACGGCAACGUGAAAUCAGGGAAUGAACUUGGACGAAAGCUCUCUGAUGCAACGAGUCUCCAACACCCUUCCCACGUCCUAGACCAACAUCCAGACCUAGCUUAUCCGACACCUCAUAACAGUGUUCGUUCCAGUAUGACGGAAUCCACCUUUCCCUCUUCGACAUCGCACACGUCGACUAAUGUGAGCUACCUCGGCCGACUUGAGUACCUUCGCAACGAUGUUCCCGUGAAUGACGAUGCAGGUCUUCCUAACAAGGUUCCCCAUCGACUAUCUGAUACCGAUCUCGAAAUCUUACAAGUGCAAAGAGUGUCCGAACUCCCGCCUAGGUCGGUCCGCGAAUCGCUUAUGGACGCUUUCUGGACACGAUGUUAUCCAUGGACACCGGUUGUGGAGAGGAGCUGGAUAGACGAUCGAAUUCCCAAUCAAGUAUCUCUUUUGCUGCAGCAUGCUAUUUUCCUAGCUGGAAGCAGGGUAUCUGCACCGUUACCGAAUUACCCACCGGAAGACUUCUACAAGAGAGCUCGGGUCUUGUUCUGGAUGGGUGCCGAAGAGAAUCCUAUCAUAACUAUUGCCGCAGCCUGUCUACUACAUUGGUGGAAUCCGGAAGGCCCGGAGCAGGUCUCGCUAGACACGAGCAGCUUCUGGCUCCGAAUAUGUAUUGGCCUAGCAUAUCAGGUUGGGUUACAUAGGGAACCGAAUGGGAAACCGGAUGCAGGGCUUAGAAAACGAAUAUGGUGGUCUUUGGUAGUGCGAGACUGUUUAAUCAACGCCGGACAUGGAAGACCAAGAGCAAUCGAUUUGAAGCUAGCUGAUGUCUCGCCCAUUUCUGUCUUGGAUUUCGAGGGUAUGCUUGACCCGGCGAACUUGUUCUCGACGUAUGUCGGAAUUUCAUGCAUACUAGGUGAUCUCACACAAAGCUACCUCCGCAAACACGGGCUCCAAGAGCACAAAAAAUCACUCGAAGACAGAGUCUUCCGAUGGCUCAAAACACUCCCCAAUAAUCUACAACUGUGUCGACCUGUAGACGGCCGACCGCUCAAGCAGUACAGCUUUGAGGCCCGGCAACUGCAUGUACAGUAUUUCACCGUACUAAUAAUCCUCAAUCGACCAUCCGAGCCCAAAAACGUUCCAUCCACAGAAUCGUUACUCGCUUCUUCCUUUGUUGCUGGCAUCUACGAGGAUUUCAUGGCUCGCGAUGAACUGCGCUACCUGGGGCCUAUUUUCACUUUCUAUUGCCUCACGGCUGGCAUGGCGCAGCUCUCAUGCUAUCGAUACUCCGGCCUCGUCGACAUUGCCGAAGAAAACCUUGUUAUCAUGGGUCGAGCAUUGGAGGAAUUGGGUAAGCGAUGGCCGAGCGCAGUAGGAAGCCUGAAACACCUAAUGGAUGUCCGCGAGAAAGUGACCCAACGACCUCUUCUCGGUCACUUCCCAGAUGUUAAUCUUCCCAACACCACACUCCAAUUCUUCUCAGACUUUGGGCCAGACCUUUGCCGUAUGUGGGGUCCGAUUCACCAGCGACUUCCCCAGACUUCCUCCAUUGCCCCGAGAGAAUUGGAAACGGCAGGCAUACUGCAAGGAUUAAGGGCACCGGCGGCUCAGCCACUUGAUCUAGAUUUGAGCUCGAAUUCAACAGCCCAGCACCAGAUGCUAGGCAAUCAGGUAGUUGCUGGUGGAGGAAGUCUGGAGCCUACUUUACUUCAACCUCAGGAAUGGUUCGGCCCAUAUGGUGGCAUUGGGAACUGGCUGAUGGUAGACUGGGACCAGGGCUUUGGUUGGUCAUGA